AUGAAGGAAAUUAAGUUAGAGGAAAUAGUGAGAUGCUUCUCCUCCCAGGUGACACAGUUAACAAAUGGGCAUGCAGCUGGGAAGGAGACCUCUACUCAAGAGAAGAGGAGCAAAGCUGGAGGUGGCACCCAUUCAGCAUGGGACAUCGAUAGAUUCGCAUCGGAUGAGAAUCACCUCAACAUGUACAGAAAUAAAUUAUAUCAUAUUAUUUUCAGUCCGAGAAGAGGACAAGGUGUUAAUCCUUCCACCCUCUACUUCAUUCAACAGUGGAACAAUAAUGCCAUGCUGAUUAUGCUGCGGGAAAAGUUGGAAGAGAUUCAACGGAGGAAGACGUUGGCACUGAGGAGCUCCAUGCCUCUGUCCUGCUUUAAAUUGUUAAAGCGUAAAGUUAUGUGCAACUUGAUUAAUCCCUGUUGCAUGACUCCCCGUGACAUGUGUGCUGAGGAGUUUUCCGUCCUCCUUCCACCGAUCCCCUCGCGGCGAGCGCUGCGCAGUGAGGGGGGAGACUGCUUCGUGAAGGUCGGAGAUGCGAUUCGCGUGAUGGCGUCCCAGUAG